AACCAAACACAAGCUCCGUGCUACCUGCAUCUAAUCAUUGUCCUCUCUCUCUCUCUCUCCCUCUCUCUCUUUUCUUUUGAGCUCUAGCCUUCGUUGCUUCUAGAGAUAUGUCUUAUGGUACUUUAGAAGCUACUGGACUGGAUUCAAACAGUUCAUUAAGUUUCUUACAAGCUGAACAUUCUCAAACACUGAAAGGCCUUCAUUCUGAAAUACACAAGUUACAACAGAAAUGUGCCAGACUAACGUUUGAGCUGACAAUGGCUGGUGGGAAUGGAGCAACCAGCUCUAAACAAGGUAAUCUAUUGGAGGAAGAAAUGUUGCAGAAUCAAGAGCAAAUAGCUCUUUUGAGAUCACAGUUAACAAUGCAUAAGGAGAAGAUGAAUUUCCUUGAGCGAGAAGUCCAAACACUACGCAAGCAAACGUCAAACUUGUUAAAAGAGAAGGAAGACUUACUAAAGAUGACACAAUUCAAAAUUGAAGAGAAGUCAACAACCAUAGCCCAAUUGGUAUCAAAGCUCCACCAGGCACAGCUAUUGAUACACACCCUCCAGCAAGGACAGCACUCUGCGGUCUCCUCUCCUUCCACUGCAGGCAGUUUCCUGGACCCUCCACCUGGGAGUCCUAUCAGAACUCCUCGCGGACACAUAAUGCGUAGAACUGUCAGAAGAACUGAAACUUUCCCUCAACAAAUGGUAGCCGGGAACAUGGAGAGUGAAAACCCUGUUAGCAGAAAACACUCGGCAACAAGUGGACAGCUUAUAUCACCUUCAACAGACUCACUGGUGAAGAGCAGCAGAGAUGAAGUCAUAAGAGGACAUGUGAAGCAGCCUCAAAUACUAGCAAGGUCUUUAAAAAUGCGGCAAGCACAGAAGCCAGUCCUGCCACCAAUACAAUCAAAUGAAAUACUUGAAGCAACAGCUUCAAUACCGCCACCUCCAAAUCCUCCUCCAGCCCACAGGCAAAGAUACUCACUUAACAAAGGCCUUAAUAGUGCUCCUUGCUCCUUACGUCUUAUGAAUUACUCAUCUCGUCAUCAUUCUGCAUUUCAAGGAGAAGAGGGCAAAGGAGACAAGGUAGAGGAGGAAGAGGAGUCUGAAGCAACAGAGGGUACUCUAUUAGUGAAGCAUCAAGCAGAAUCUUUGUACUAUAAGCCUCAGGCACAUAGAAAAUGAUCAGUAAUAAUAAUAAUAAUGAUAAUAAUAAUAAUGUUAUUAUUAGUAGUGUAAAAAUAAUAAUAAUGAUGAUAAUGAUGACAACUAUCAUUUAUUUUUGGGUGUUUUGUUGAUAAUAA